ACUCAUCAAAGUUUGGUUUUCAUUUCCAGGCUACUUACGCCUUCGAAACAAAGACCUUUGAAACUGGUUGGUAAUAGCUAGGCUCCACCUUCAACACUCGAGAAAAGGUACUGCUCACCAUGAACUCAAGCGAUUCUGAAGCAGGCGAUGAACCCUACGAUGAACUCGAGGCUGGCGGCAAGCGCUCGCAGAAUUAUGACGGCGGCUACAUACUUCGGAAUGUUCUUAAGCUUCCCCGUGCCACAACCUACACGACACAGGCACUCUACGAGCAAAUCAUUGGUAGCGACAUUGACCUGGACCCGGAGUAUCAAAGAGACGUUGUCUGGUCGGAGGCGAAACAAGUGGGCCUAAUUGACUCUAUACUGCGCAAUUUUUACGUUCCACCUGUGAUCUUUGUUUCGCAUCAGCACUCAGAUGGCUCAGAAACAAAGACGUGUAUCGACGGAAAGCAGCGGCUUACUUCAAUACAACGGUUCAUGGAUGGACAGAUCUAUCAUAAAGACCCACAAACCGGUGACAAGUAUUGGUACAAGUCAAACGCUUCCAACCAAACCGGGCGGUCCGCGGGUUACAUUCUUCCUGGUAAAUAUCAACGACUCUUUGCUAAUAAGCAGAUCGUAUGCAUAGAAUAUCAAGACCUUCCUGAUUCUGAAGAACGCGAAAUCUUCCAGAGAGUACAACUCGGCAUGGCCCUCACCCCUGCAGAAAAAUUGCAGGUAACAAAUACUCCUAUGGCCUCGUUUGUGCGGAGACUAGAAGCCGAGUAUUUCGGAGAAGACAAGCCUUUGGGCGGCAACACCCUAGAUUGGGACCGCUCCCGCGGCGGGGACUUCCGGUGUAUCGCCCAGGCGCUCUAUUGCAUCUCAAAGUACCCUUCCCUCCAGUCCGUGGGUACCGUUCCGCAGAUAGAGAAAUGGCUACACAACCCCACCCGACGGGUCAAAAGCAGAAAGAAAGCAAGUGACGACGACGAGGACCUCGCAAAUGAUGAACUCUUCCUCACAUGCAUCCACGAGACCUUCCGCGUCUUCUCGCAGCUAGUCAGCGACCGAGAUCUGUGCUCUAUAUUCCUACAACCCGGCUGGCGCGUCUCGCCCGUGGAGUUCAUCGUCAUAUGUCUCUUGAUAUCUGUGGAGAAAGAUAAGCUGCAACUGCGCACGCUCGCAGAGAAGCUCGGGCGCAUGCGGGAGGUGGUGCGCGAAGAACAUGUAGAUAUCCGGAUGAAUGCUCGUGUUGCUAAGACGUUGCUCGACUUCGUCAAGGGGAUUGGCGCUCAGGUGCAAAGCACCUCUGGGACGAAGCGGAAGCUGGAGGAGGAAGAUGAUGUAAUGCUGCCCAGCAGACAGCCGAAAGCCCGACAACGAACUGAGACCCCGCCAGUACUGUCUCCCUCCUACAACCAAAACAACUUUGUCAAUCCUUCUAUGCUUAGCGCUCCCACUCCCCUACCGCCACCGCCGCGUCCAACAGGCAUUCCUGACAGACUAGCAGCCCUCCGCGAUGCUAAGAAGACUAUCUCAAAUCCUCCCCCUCCACGCCUCCCGCCGACUGCACCUGCUGCUCUACGGAAUAUCGGACCAAGUAGAUAGGCGUGUUGUAUAUUGGUGGUAUGCGCUCGCGGAAUUGAAGG